AUGGCGGAAGCGUCGCCGUUAUGGAAACCGGCACCGUGGCUAGAGCCAGAUCAAGUGCUAGCCACUUAUGUCCCAAGUGUUCGUGUGGUGCUCACACCAACCUGUGCUCAAAAGAAACGUCGAGUUCAUCGUAGUAGUCCCAAUAUGCCUCGAAAUUGUAGUAGAAGAUGGAAAGAAGAUGCACAAAUGACGCUUUCUCGUGCUCCUAGUGCUCAUGAAUUGAUACAAUCGAAUGAAAGGCAAGUUAUAUAUAAAAUCAGUGCACAACAAGAGCAAGAGCAAGUGUGGACAGCACGGCAAAGGUUUGUACCUGAUAGUGAAGAUGAAGAGAUAAUACCACCAACAGCAACGUCCUCUUCUUCUGCCAAUACAUUACAGUUUAUCACAACACCACCAAAGUUAGUGACAAGCAAGUCAGAAGGACAAGCUAGUUUAUUACCAAGCAGAAGGAAACAGAUGAUACAGAAGCAGCAUUCUCAACCUACGAGAUCAAUUACUCAAGCAUCAAGACAUGUUUACGGACAAAGAACUGAAUCUUUAGUGUAUACACAAGAUACGUACGUCACUACAAAUGAAAAGAUAGUGCGACGAUGUUUUGAAGAGCUGGAGCACAAUAGAAGCUGUGGGGUACUCACAUCGUCAUCAUCGCAUGUGCCGAGUGAAGCUGCAGCGAUGGCAUUGGAACAAGGCAUAUUAUCGUCGACAACGUAUUCGAGCUCGAGAAUGAUGAUGGAUGAAAUAUUGGUGAGUGUGGCUCAAAGAGCUAAGAAACAAUUGGAGGCAGCCUCGAAACGCCAGAUGAUGGAGGGCAAAUGGAAGCGUAUUGCGCGGAAUAAGCUCGAGUGUCAGUCCUUUGAGUCUGUCAGUAAGACGAAGGAUCAGUAUAGCGUCAUGGUGAGAAUGGACUUGCCAUGCAGUUUGCGAGAGAUCAUGAGUGUGUUUUCCACAGAUAAUUCUACGGAGUUCCACCGCAGCAUGGAGGCAAUCUUUGGCGACCAGUACGUCUAUGGCGUUAAUAUUCGCACUGCGGACUGUGCGUCGUCUGUUGGGGAAGGCGAUUUUGCCAUGAGUUCACGCCCACAAGCUCGACGAGCUUCGGUACCCGCUACCUGGCAUGGAUAUGAUGGACCUAUAAAUCAUUAUGUGUCACCACUACGUUCAACCAAAUUAAACGUGAAUGCUGUAUCCCUUAUGCAAAAGCACCAUCUGGUGUGGAAGCAGCGAAAUAUGACGUUCAUGGAUUAUCUAGAGGAAGACAUUGUAACGAAGUCAGUCACCCGCGUGAUAAAGACGAUGGAUAUGCAACACGAGAACUUGGAGUAUAGUUCCAUAACAAUGUCAUCCCCGACAGCUGCUUCAAGCAGUCAAGAAAGUCACUCUCAACACCAUAAUCAGCACGGGAUGAAUCUACACCAGGAACUUAAAGGCAUUCUUGCGGGAUAUAUUAUUCAGGAAGAUUCAAGUGAAAAGCUAACGCGGUUUUUCUUCUACGCAACUCACCAUCACCGGCCUUCCGGUCGGCACGGACAGACAAGAAUGCCUCGGUCUGCAGUCCAGCUUUUGCGUGCUAUGGUGAAUAAGGUAUGUCUUCUUGAGACAGUUGUACUGCGCCGUCGUUUGGGCUACUACCCAUUGUAUCGCUUGCCUACUUGCUCCGAUGAGGCCGCCAUGGCAUCGUACUGCGCAGCAUGCUACGUUCCUUUCAAGAUGCUACGCAAGAAACAUUUUUGCAGACUAUGUGGUCACUACACCUGUCGGAAGUGCUCGGACAUGCAGGAAGUUGAAAAAGAUGUUGGAUUGGUAGAGAAGCACAGAGUGUGUGUGUCGUGUAUGCGGCGUGUGAGUUACUACGUGUUUAGCAUGUGUGCUUUCCCAUCCAAGAUUGCUUCCAACGUCAGUGGUAACAGUUGGACGUCAAUGCAAUUCAAGCAACCGACCGAGAGCAACGUAGAGGACGACGACGUUGACCCACCAAUUAUGGACGAUCUUGCUUCAAAUGACUCGGAGCCUGUGGAAGUGCACUCAAACCAAAGUGGAGUCUUUGCCGGCUUUGUAUCCGAUUUUCUUUAUGGAAAAGACAAGAAGGAAGACCUGAAUUGCCAACAAGAACAUGAUCCCGCUGAUCACCGGCGGCAACACAUAACUGCUAAACGAAGGCAGCGGCUGCAGCUAAGCAUCAAUGACCCUAACCCAUGGACUCCAGGACCACUUCUCGACGGUCAGAACACUCCAAAAGAGUCCAUAUGUAUCCUUGACAGCUUUUGUGUCUCACAUCCAUUGACGAGCCCUCGUUCACGCGACUUACCUCUGUGA